AUGACACUGGCCGGCGUAUCUAUCGUCCGCUACGGCAAGGCCGCCGGCCACGCCACCAACGCCUCCGCGACCAGCGGGUACCACCUGCUUGUGGUUAGCGGCUACCGGCUUUCUAAAGCAACUACACCUAAUGGUACCAAGAUGACCUCUCCCCCUUUCAUAGUAGGAGGUCAUCGUUGGUGCGUAUGCUACUAUCCUAACGGCAGUGGCGUGGAGUCUGCCGGCCAUAUAUCCCUCUUUCUUCACCUUGCCGAUGAAGAUGUUAAAAAGGAUUUGAAGGUGCGGUUCAAAUUUAGCUUCGUCGGCAUGCCCGAGAGGCAAAAGUCGACAUAUACUCGUGCCACCAAGCCACAAAGCUUCAAUUGUCUUACGCCUUGUUGCGGUUACGCGAAAUUCGUCAGCAUAGACUCCCUAGAGAAAUCGGACCAUCUAAAGGAUGACUCUUUCGUCAUCAGAUGUGACAUCGCCAUUGUCACCACGAGCGAUCUCUUCAUUGAGGUGCCACCUUCUAGCAUACAACAACAUAUGGCCGAGCUAUUGCAGUCCAAGGAGGGUGCUGACGUGACAUUCAAGGUUGGAAGCCAGACGUUUGUAGCCCACCGGUGCGUGCUCGCAGCCCGCUCCGUGGUCUUCAAGGCAGAACUCUUUGGCCCAAUGAAGGAGGGCACAACAACAUCUGUCAUCCAUAUUGAACAGAUGGAAGCAAAUGUGUUUAGCGCUUUGCUUAGCUUUAUUUACACCGACUCGCUGCCCAAGAUGGAGAUAGACAUGGUGGAGGAGGAAGGAGAAACCAAAGAAUCACUUUGGCUGCAAGACUUGCUUGCCGCGGCAGAUAGAUACGAUCUCCAAAGGCUCAAAGUACUAUGCGAAGAGAAGCUGUGCGAUCACAUAGAUGUGCACUCAGUCAUGACUAUUCUUGCUCUAGCUGACCGGCACAAAUGUCACGGACUAACAGAGGUAUGCCUCGAGUUCCUCAAGACUCGUGGUAAUUUAGGAGAGAUAACGGCGACUGACACCUUGGACUACAUAUCUAUAACUCGCCCCUCUCUUAUGAAGGAGCUCAUUCCUAGCUGUGCUUCCUAA